GCAAAACCCAUCCCUGCUCUGAAUGAAUCCACUGUCCCUGCAGCAUCCCCCUAAAGCUCAGCUCCUCCCCAGCAUGGCGCAUUGCCAUCUCCAUUCAAGCACUGCCCAACAUCCCAAGGGGACAGAGGGGGAUGGGGCAUAGGGACGGCUCUGGCAGCAGCUGUGCCGGCUGUGGAAGAGUUAAAUGCUGCUCUGCUCGGGUCUCAGAGGCCUCCCACUCACCCGGCGUGAGUAUGAAUAGCUGAGCUCGCCUGCUCCAGCACUGCUCUGCUGCCUUCCUUCUGUUGCCACGAUGCUGAGCACGGAGGGUUUCGUAGGGGCGAGAGCUCUGGGUGAGGAAUCCCUACAAAUGUGGGACCUCAACAAGCGCCUGGAAGCCUACCUGGCCCGUGUCAAGUUCCUAGAGGAGGAGAAUGAAGGGCUGAGAGCUGAGAUCCAGAGCACCAAGGAGAACCCAGCCGGGGACCCACGAAGGGCCAGGUAUGAAGAGGAGCUGAGGUCGCUGCGGGAUGCUCUGCAUCGUGCCUUCACUGAGAAGUGUGCGGCUGAGCUGGCCAGGGAUAACCUGUAUGAGGAGGUCCAGCAUGUGAAAAGCAGGUGCCAAAAGGAGCAGGCAGCCCGAGAGGAAGCCAAGAGGCAGCUGACCUCCAGCAAGAAGGAGCUGGAGGAGGAGAGACGGGCACAGAUCUGGCUGAAGGAGAGAGCGGUGCAGCUGGAGAAGGAGGUAGAAACUCUGCUGGAGGUGCAUGAGGAGGAGAAAGCUGGGCUGGAUCAAGAGCUUGCCAGCUUCUCUCAAAGCCUGGAGGGAUUCCGCUGUGCACCGGUGGCAUUUCAACCCGUGGAGGUGGAGGACUAUUCCAAGAGACUGUCAGAGAUCUGGAGAGGGGCGGUGGAGACCUACAAAGCAGAGGUGUCACAGCUGGAGCGUGCACUUGGCCAAGCCAAGGAGAACCUCUGGCAGGUGGCUGAGGACAACCAACAGAAUCAAUUGCAGCUGAGGCACCUGGAGAAAGAGCUGGUGGGGCUGAAGGUGCGGAAGGAGAUGCUGGAGGAGAGCCUGGGCCAGCAGUGGCAGGAGCAGCAUGGAGAGGCUGAGAAGUUCCAGCUGACCAUCGAGGCCCUGGAGCAGGAGAAGCAGAACUUGCAGGUUCAGAUCGCCCAGGUGCUGGAGGACAGACAGCAGCUCAUGCACCUCAAGAUGUCCCUCAGCCUGGAGGUGGCAACCUACAGGACAUUGCUGGAAGCAGAGAGCACCCGGCUGCAGAUGCCACCCGGGGAGUUCAAGCUGGCCAACAGCCUGAGAGAUGUCAAGCUGGAGGCGAGCAGCAGCAAACACCGUGCCAGCCUUGCUGCCUUCCCCCGUCCCGAGGGGGUGGCACAGCUGUGUAGAACCCCCAGUGAUGCCCUCAAGGCUCUGACCCCCAAAAGCAAAAGCUCCAGUUCACAGGAGUUCAAGAAAGUCAGCUCUGUCCUGAAGGCACCGAGGAGCUGGGAGCUGGCUGCAUCCAGCCAUGCUGUCCCUGUGCUGUCCCCAGAGACAGGCAGUGGGGGGGCUGAGAGCCCAGCCCAUGAGUGUGGGGCUGUUAAGGAGUCCCCUAUGCAAAACCCACUGAGUCCUGACCAGCUGGUCAGCCAUGCAUUGCAGGAUGCUCUCAAGGAGAUGCAAGAUGAUGCUGAGGCCAAAGAAGUGCCCACGCUUGGUGCCACCCAAAGUACCAGGGGUGGAGAUAUUGAAGACCCUUUGGAGGCUGCAAAAACCCAGGGGGUGGGUGCUGAGGGUGAAACCACGUCCCCACCUGAGCUGUGUCUCUGCAGCAACGUGCCCACAUUGCUAAGUGCCACCCAGAGUGAUGCAGAGAGCCAGGAGGAGACGUGGGAGGAGGAGAGGAGCAAAGAGGAGGAGAUGCUGAACCCACUGAGCUCCAUGGAGAGCCAGGAGCCAGGGGGAGAGCCCUGGGGAGGGGACACAAGAGGGUCCAUGCUGGAGGUGGGUAAGGAGGACGUGGAGGCCACUAGCAUGGAGAACAAGGAGCAAAGGGAACUGUGUAGCCCCUCCAUUGAGGAUGAGGAAUGUGAGUUCCCAGAUCAGGAGAGGGAAACACAAGAAGAAGGGUCCCUGCAUAUGGAAAUCGAAGCUGUUUGUGCUAUCCCUGUGGGGAGCCACCCGGUUUUGCCCACGGGAACCCAGUUGCAAGAGGAUUUUGUUGAGGGAGAGCAGGAGUCUGAGCACCAGGAGACAUCACUGUGUGAGCUGGGUGCUGAUGCAGGGGAGGAGAGGGAGCAGGAGGUUUGCCUGGAGCUAAAGGUCUCUAGCAUUGAAGGGGCUGUGCCAGCAGCAGAGAGCUCAUCAGGGGCUGGAGAAGACAGCACAGGAAGGGAGAGCACAGGCAGUGCAAGGGAUGAUGAGGGAGAGGAGGAAGAUAAAGGAAGGGAGGCAUUAGAGGGAGAGGACCCCCAGACAGGGGAGGCUUUGGGAGCCAAAGAGCUGAGGCAGGAGAGUAUGGGCUUGGAGGAGGCUGAGGGCAUGUGGGAGGAACAUGUGGACCUGCAGGAAGAACAUAGAGACCCCCAGGAGGGACAUGGGGACCUGCAGGAGGAGAAUGAGGACCUGUGGGAGGAACACAGGGACCUACAGGAAGAACAUGGGGACACCCAGGAGGAACAUAGGGACCUGCAGGAGGAGCCCGGGGACCUGCAGGAGGAACAUGGGGAUCUGCAAGUGGAACAUGGGGACCUGCAGAUGGAGCAUAGGGACACCCAGGAGCAUGGGGACACCCAGGAGGAGCAUGAGGACCUGUGGGAGGAACAGAGGGACUUACAGGAGGAGCAUAUGGACCUGCAGGUGGAGCAUGGGGACACCCAGGAGGAACAUAGGGACACCCAGGAGCAUGGGGACACCCAGGAGGAGCAUAGGGACCUGCAGGAGGAGUAUGGGGACCUGCAGGUGGAGCAUAGGGACCCCCAGGAGGAAUACAGGGACCUGCAGGAGGAACAUAGGGACACCCAGGAGGAACAUAGGGACCUGCAGGAGGAGCAUGGGGACUUGCAGGUGGAGUAUGGGGACCUGCAGGUGGAGCAUGGGGACCUGCAGGAGGAGCCGGGGGAGACCCAGAAUGAGCAUGGGGACCUGCAGGAGGAACAUGGGGACCUGCAGGUGGAGCAUAGGGACCCCCAGGAGGAAUACAGGGACCUGCAAGAGGAACAUGGGGAGACCCAGGAUGAGCAUGGGGACCUGCAGGAGGAAUACAGGGACCUGCAAGAGGAGCAGGGGGACCUGCAGGACGAACACAGAGAGCCACAGGAGGAGCUUGGGGACCUGCAGGAGGAAUACAGAGACCUGCAGGAGGAGCAUGGGGUCCUGCAGGAGGAACAAAGGGACCUGCAAGAGGAACAUGGGGACCUGCAGGACGAACACAGAGAGCCACAGGAGGAGCUUGGGGACCGGCAGGUAGAGCAUGGGGACCCACAGGAGGAAUAUAGGGACCUGCAGGAGGAUCAAAGGGACCUGCAGAUAGAGCAUGGGGAUCUGCAGGAGGAGCAUGGGGACUUGCAAAAGGAACAUGGUGACACCCAGGAGGAACAUGUAGACCUGUGGGAGGAACACGGGGUCUUGAAGGAAGAACAUGGGGACCUGAAUGAGGAUCAUGGAGACUUGCAGGAGGAAUCUGGAGACCCUCAGGAGGAACCUGGGGAACCUUGGGUGCAGCAUGGGGAGCAGGGCUCUGCAGAGGAUGGGUUGGAGCAGGACAUGGUGCUGCAGCCAGGAGAGGGGGCAUGGGGCAGGGAAGACAAUGACAUCAGUGAAAAGCAGCAAGCACAGGGUUGGGAAGGGACAGAGGAGGAUAAAGAGGAGACAGGAGUCAACACCAUCACAUCCCAAGAGCCAGCCCAGGUGGAUGAUAACCCACCUGCGGAGGCAGCAGAAAAUGAGGAGGGAGAUGUCAUGUCACCGACAGCAACAGAGGGAACCCAGGAGGGUGAGGAUGAGGGAGAUGCUGGGAGUGAGGUGCAGAGCCAGCAUCAGUCACAGGACACAGCAGGACAGGAGGUUGAUGUGGCCCCAGGACAAAAGGAGAUCAGGUAUGGGGACACUGGGGAGGCACCAGGGGAUCCACAGGAUCCAGUGGAGGUGCUGGAGGAGCAGGAUGAGGAGCUGAGCUUGGAGCCCAUUGAGCUGGAGAGAGGCAGCCCCAACACUGCAGUGAUGCAGCAGGAUCCAGGCAAUGGUGCAGAGAAUGAUGAGCCCAUGGAGGAGGACAUUCAGUCAGAGGAUACUCAGUUGGAGGAGCCCAAACCGUGCAGGAUGGAAAUGGAGGAUACGCUCAACAGCACACCACUAUGUGCAUACAGUGGGGAGGUGCUGGAGUCUGAUCCAAACCCUCCAUCCAGUGGAGGGGAUGAGGAGACAGCACCUGAAAUGGCUCAGGAGGAGGAAGAGGAGCUGAGAGGGAGCGAUGAGGCAGCAGUUCAUGCAGUGCCAGAGAGCUGCAAGGAGUCAGGGAUGGAGCUGAACCCUGAGCCAGAAUGCACUGAGGAGGAGGAAGGGUACUUCAUAGUUUCUGCUCCCAACCAAGAGGGGUCCAGCAUGGAGGAAGCUGAGAACUCAGAGGAAUUUGAAGAAAUUAAAGUUGAAACAGCAGAAGACAGAAAGGAUGAACUCACAGUGCCUGGAGGAGCUUCUCCGGUGCCAGAGGAUGAAGAGCACUUGGAGCCAUUUGUGGGGGAAGCUGAAGAUGUGAAAAUGCCCAUGGGAGAAUUUGAGAUGCCAAAGGAGGAGGAUGAGGAGGAUGCAGGGGGUUUUGCUGCUGAGCUGGAGGAAGGACUGGCUGUGCCCAUGGCUGAGGGGCUGUCUGAAGAGCACGCUGAUAAGACCACCCUGAGUGAUGAGGGGCUGGGGGAGGAGGAUGUGCAGGAUGGAGACAAUCCCCCAGCCACUGAAACCUCCAACACAGACCCCUCCAACACUGACCCACCUCCAGGCACUAUGCUGGAGCAUGGAGCUGGCAUAGAGGUGGCUGAAUAUCUCCCCGAUGUGCCCACACAGCUUCCAGUGGACAUGGUGAAAGACUCAGAUAUCCUGGAGAUAGUAGAGCAAGCCCUAGAGUUCAAUCAGGAGCUGGUACUGGGAGCCAAGCUAGCCAAGGAUGAGGAGGGGGAUGGCGACACACAGCCCCUACAGGAGGAGGAAGGGGGGUCCUCACCCACCUCAUCCAGUGAUGAGCAGCCAACAGUGCAGGAGGCAAUAGCAGAACCAGAGCACACCAAGAAUGGGGAGCAGAAUGGGCUUCAUCGACAAGCCAGCCUGGAGGACCUGGCUGAGUUCACCGAGGAGGGGCUGAAUGGCAUCACCCACCCAAGUGAAGCCCCUUCUGCCCACUCCCUGCCCAGCAAGCACAGUGGGGCUGAGCCUGUCCCUUCGCUCUCUCCACUGCACCCAGAGCAGGAGCCCUGGUCCUCGGGGGAGGAGUGAUGGUGGUGGGACCCCCACAGCCCCCCACGACAAUCGGACGCCUCCCAUAGCACUGCCUACGUAGCACACCCGUUUCCUUUUGGUUUGUAACAUGUUUGUGUGGGUUUUGCCUUGUUGAAUGGAUGCACACGGCAGCGCAGCUGAAUGAGGGGCCACGACUUCACACCUCAGAGCAAGAAACCAGGCUCCAUCUCUGCCCCUAGAUCCCAUACUUGUGCUGGGUUCAGCCUCAUUUUGUACCCCAGGUUCACUCUUUAUUGCAGUAUUUAAUUUAAACGUUUCAUCUCCUCCUGCCCCAUCCAACCCAGCCAGGUGCACGCGGUGUGAUUUCCAUACAGCCUCACCUUUGUGCUGCACACCGGGAUGUCUAUCCCCAACCUACACGAUGCUCACAGCGCUGAGCCACGUCGGAUGCAUCCGCUGCAUUGACACUAAGUUAAUAAAGCAUCGCCCUCCCACUCUGA